AUGCAAAAGGAGAAGAGUGAAGGUCCAACAGAGAAGAUCAAUUUGGACGUCAUAUUGGUGAAAGAAAUCGGCCAAUUUGGAAAGUAUCAGUUGAAAAAUGUUGUGCUAUCAGCGAUUUUUUGUGUCUUCAUGGGCUGGGCGGCCAGCGAGUACUUCUUCACCACCGCCAGGAUAACCACUCGAUGUCUUAUACCUGAAUGUGAAUCAAGCGAUGCCAUAGAGUUUAGCCCCCCGUGGCUUACGAACGCUGUCCCGGUAACAGAAACUACUUUUGAUAAUUGCCAAAGGUACGCCUCUUAUGUGAACGCGUCUUAUGUAAACCAAACAUCAAUCGAAGUGUGCCCUAAGGAUCUCUUUGACAGGCGCAAAGUGAUUCCAUGCGAAGAGUUCGUAUACGAGAAUACUCACUCUGUUGUAUAUGAUGUCUGGCCGUCGUGGGCUCUUGAUCUAUAUGGCCUCGCAUGUGACGAGUGGCGUCGAACCUUCAUCGGGUCCAUUCGCAACAUCGGCAACUUCAUAGCCCUACCUAUCACGGGCUACAUCUCGGACAGAUGGGGACGCCGGGUCCUGCUCGCCUUCAGCGCCAUGAUCGCCGCCGUCGUCGGAGUAACAAGAUACUGGGCUGAUACUUAUGUUGGCUUCUUCAUAUCGCAAGUUGCCGAGUCCACUUUGGGCUCUGGCGGUUUCUCUUGUGUCUAUAUUCUUACAAUGGAAAUGGUGGGGCCAAAAUAUCGCGUAGCAGCCGGCGCCGUCAUGAACAGCUCUUACGCCAUCGGUCAAGUGACCCUCGGCUUAAUCGUGUGGGCUAUACCCAACUGGAGAACUCUAACCUUGGUCAUCUACACACCUCAACUGCUCACUAUCACGUACUUCUGGUUAAUUUCUGAAUCCGUCCGCUGGUACUUAAGCAAAGGCCGAUACUCAGACGCCAAAGGUGUACUCCAGAACGCAGCAAAACUAAACAAGACGAGCAUAUCUGACAAAUCACUAAACGCCUUACGAAGAAACGUCGAAGAAGAAGAGAAAAAGGCAAAGCGAGACAGUGAAACGUGGCUGAUUACACAAGUGAUUAGAAAUAAGCAGAUAUUAAUAAGAGCUUUAAUCACACCGAUCUUUUGGAUAACGAUGACCUUGAUUUACUAUGGCCUGUCGUUGAACGCGGUGAAUAUAAGCGGGAACAUGUACAUGAAUUACAUAGCGGUGUCGGCUGUCGAAAUACCGGCGUAUUGGACGUCUGUGCUCUUGAUCGAGAGGAUCGGCAGGAAGUAUGUUCUCAUGGUAGCGUAUUGGGUGUGCGCUGCGUGCCAGAUAGCAUAUAUAUUUAUGCCGGAAGGCCUCUUCGGUAUAUCCUUGGCGGUGUAUCUGAUCGGAAAGUACUGUAUAUCGAUGGUGAUAACAGCUCUCUACGUCUACACGGCUGAACUCUACCCGACGAAGUACCGGCACAGCCUCUUCGCAUUCUCUUCUAUGAUUGGCAGAUUGGGAUCCAUUGCAGCGCCUUUGACUCCGGCCAUGGGUGCAGCAGUAUGGGAACAGCUGCCGUUCGCGUUGUUCGCCGGCUUCGCCAUAAUCUCGGGCUGCCUCGUCCUCCUCACCCCGGAAACCCUCGGCACAAAGCUACCAGACACGAUGGAGGAAGCGAACUCAUUAGGCAUUAAAAAUAAUUAG